AUGACAGUUUUUAAGGCCAGCGACUCUAAACUUUUUUUAAAACUUUCAGAAAAAUUCAUUUUUUUUGGCUUCUACGGAGGCGGUGAAAAUGGCCACAGUUCGAGUAGCUCAUCUUCGGAAUCCCAUGAAGGCGGUCGAGGCGGUCACGGCCACGGUCAUGAAGGUCGACCACGACCGCCACGACCACCACUACGCCCACGCCCGUCUAGAGAGAAGACCAACUGCCCAGCCGACUGGAUGCUGUUCAAACGAUCACAGGGCAAUUGGUGUGUUCAAGUUUUCGUUGGUACGAUGACCCAAUAUCAAGCCGAACCACUAUGUGUUGCGCAGGGAGCAGUGUUGUAUGGAUUGCAGAAUGAUGAUGAGAGAAUGAGAAUGGCAGAUACAUUCUAUUGGACUGAUGGACAAGCAACAGGAACCGAUGGAUUCGCAUGGGGGCCUCCCCUACAUGGAGGACCUCCACAGCCAGAUGGCGCCGUCAAUUCUUGGGGACAAAAUUAUUUUCAGAGCAUUUUUACUGAUUACCGAGUAUUUCGACAAAAGGAUUUUCUACUGACUUUGAAUGAUUUGUCGGCACAGAUUCCAUUCGAAGACAUUCAUGAAGAUUAUGAAUUUGAUGAAUUUGCAAAUAAUCUGAAAGCAAUGCCAAAAGCACCGUACUUGAUUUUGUACGACUCCUCAAAUAUCGAUGUGGUUCUCAAUCACGUCUGCAAUUUACAAUUCAUCCCAAACACUCUUCAACGAUUGGUUGCCGUGGCAUUUGACGAAAAAUCCGAAAUGAUUCUCCGAAAAAAUUACCCGGAAAUUCCGAAUGUUUUGAUAAAUUUGAAGCCAAUUGUGGAUUCGAUGGACCCAAAAAAACAGAAUCGCGGAUAUUUGGUGUAUACAUUGGCGCUGGUGGUCCAUGCGAAAAUUUGUGCAAGUUUGGCAGCUCGUGGCAUUGAUUUUUGGUCCAUGCAUCAAGACACAUUAUGGACCCAAAAUUUCGAUAUGAUGAAUGUUGAAGACCGCUAUCCAGAUGCCAAUAUGCUUUUCGAUACUAUUGGAAAUGAGAAUCCCUCAUACGACAGAAUGCGUGACUGGGUUUGUGGUGCCACAUUUUUUGUCAGAGGCAACCCGACGACGUUUCAAUUUUUCAGACAGCUAGAGUCCUACAUGCUAUCUUAUCAAUCACCAGACUCUUCGAUAAUGACAUAUCUAUGUGGUCAUCACCAUUAUAAAUGUGAAUUCCUACCCCAAUGGAUGGUUUCUUCGUUUAACUAUUUCGAAGGACCCAGAGAAAAUGUGCCAGUUUUGAUUCAAUUGGAUGGAGGGAAGAAACCGGGAGAAUCGAAAAUGGAUGUUUUGAAAAGAGGACAUUUUGUGUUUAGAAACCAAAAUGGGACAUGUAAUGAGAGGAGCUUUCAUAAGUUGAGGUAG